GGAGUGGAAGGUGCGGGCCGGGGCCGCCGUGAGGAUCGGCUCCGUGCUGGCCGUCGGGCUGCCCCUCCCCGCGGGGAACACCACCGGCCCCACGGGGAACGCCACCGGCCCCUCCGGGCCCGGCGGGGAGCGCAGGGUGCGCGCCGAGCGCGCCGGCGUCGUCAGGGAGCUGUGCGCCCAGCCCGGACAGGUCGUCCCGCCCGGCGGGGUGCUGGUGCGAUUGGAAAGCUGUAACCACCCGGUGGUUAUGAAGGGCUUGUGUGCCGAAUGUGGCCAAGACUUGACCCAAUUGCAGAGUAAGAAUGGAAAACAGCACAUGCCCCUGUCCACAGCCACGGUGUCGAUGGUUCACAGUGUGCCUGAGCUGAUGGUCAGCUCCGAGCAAGCGAAGCAGCUGGGGCGAGAGGACCAACAGCGGCUGCACCGGAACAGGAAACUGGUCUUAAUGGUGGAUUUGGACCAGACGCUGAUUCACACCACGGAGCAACACUGCCAGCAGAUGUCCAAUAAGGGCAUAUUCCACUUCCAGUUGGGCCGCGGCGAGCCCAUGCUGCAUACGCGGUUGCGCCCUCACUGCAAGGAGUUCCUCGAAAAGAUCGCCAAGCUGUACGAGCUGCACGUGUUCACUUUCGGGAGCAGGCUGUACGCCCACACCAUCGCAGGCUUUUUGGACCCUGAGAAGAAACUAUUUUCCCAUCGAAUAUUGUCAAGGGAUGAGUGCAUCGACCCGUUUUCUAAAACGGGGAAUCUUAGAAAUCUCUUCCCGUGCGGAGACUCGAUGGUCUGCAUCAUCGAUGACCGAGAAGAUGUCUGGAAGUUUGCGCCCAACUUGAUAACUGUAAAGAAAUACGUGUACUUCCAGGGCAUAGGGGACAUCAAUGCCCCUCCGGGAUCCAGGGAAAUGCAAAUGAAAAAGAAGGCCAGUCACUCCUCCAGAGCAGCCGAGGCCCCGGAGGAGACCGCGUCCCCGAAGGACGCGGAAGAUGAGAGGAGCGCAGCCCGUCCGGAAGAGCAGAGCAAUGGCCUCGGGAAGCCCAGCCGGGAGCUCAACGGCAGCAGGCCUGUCGACGGCGACUCUGCCGGGUGGGGGUCGGGGGCCGGGGCGAGCGACAGAGGCGCCGACCCGGGCGGUGGCUCCUACGACCCGCGGGUGGCCAGGGACCCCCAGGCCUCCUCCGAGACCCAGCCCGCCCAAGGUACCGCCGCAGGCGACCUGGACUUCGAACUGUCCAGCGACAGCGACAGCGAAGCGGACGGGAAGAGAUCGUCGUCCUCGUCGGUCUCCGGUGGAGAGGGCGAGGAGAGGCGGAGAUGGAAGAAGCCCAAGUGCCCCCAGGCCGGGGAGAGCCGGACCCCUGCGGGAGAGGCGCCCAGCGGCCCCUUAGACGCCCAGGGCGUCAGCCCGGUGGUGGGGGAGGCGGGCGAGCGGGACGGCCUCUCCGACCUCGCCAACGGCUGCGCGGACAAGAGGGAGGCCGAGACCGAGUCCCAGAACAGCGAGCAGUCCGGCAUCACGGUCGGCGAGUCUCUGGACCAGAGCAUGGAGGAGAUGGAGGAGGUGGAGGGGGACGAGGAGGACGAGGAAGAGGACGCGGACGCGGACGACCACCUGAUCUACCUCGAGGAGAUCCUCGUCCGGGUGCACACGGAUUACUACGCCAAAUACGACAGGUACCUGAGGCAAGAGAUCCAGGAAGUGCCCGAUAUCCGGAAGAUCGUCCCCGAGCUGAAGAGCAGAGUGCUGGCCGACGUGACCAUAAUAUUCAGCGGGCUGUACCCCACAAACUUCCCCAUGGAGCGGACGCGGGAGCAUUAUCACGCCACAGCCCUGGGAGCCAAGAUCAACAAGAGCCUGAUCCUGAGCGCCGACGACCCCAACAGAGCCACCCACCUGAUCGCAGCUCGGGCCGGCACGGAGAAAGUCCGGCAAGCCCAAGACUGCAAACACCUGCACGUCGUCAACCCCGACUGGCUGUGGAGCUGCCUGGAGCGCUGGGACAAGGUGGAAGAGCAGUUGUUCCCACUCAAGGAGGAUUACGUCAAAACCCAAAGGGAGAACAGCCCCGCGACGUUUCCGGACAUUCAGAGCGCGUUUCAAACGGCCCUGUUCCACCCGACGCCCAUCCACCCCAAGUGCCAGCCGGGGCCCGAGGUUCGGAUUUACGAUCCCAACACGGGGAAGCUCAUCAGGAAGGGCUCUCAGAAUCCGGGGCAGUCCCUGUACAUCCAGCCUCCGGCUCCCCCCCUCACUCUGCCGGUCCACGGGGAACACUCGUCUUUCAGAGUUGUUCAGCCACAUCAACAGCAGCUGUUUGGAGGAGAAGAAGAGCUGCCAGCAAACCAAGACGGAGAGCAGCCCGGCCCGUCCCGACGCAAACGCCAGCCAAGUAUGUCUGAGACCAUGCCGCUCUACACACUUUGUAAGGAGGAUUUAGAGAGUAUGGACAAAGAGGUUGAUGACAUCUUAGGAGAAGGCAGUGACGAGAGUGACAGUGAAAAGAGGAAGCCGGAGGAGGAAGAAGAGGAGGAGGAGGAGAAGGAGGAAGAGGAAGAGAAAAAGGAAGAGGAGGAGGCGACAGCGGUGACCGCGGAGGAAGAGGAGAAGCCGUCAACGAGCGCAACGGAGACGCUAGAAACGAAGACGGAGCCGAGGCCGUGCUCAACGUCUUCCAGCGACCGGAGUCUGACGGGCGGCGUUCCCAGGGGGCACAAGCGGAAGCGGCCCGAGGCGGACGUGGCUAGCGAGUCCAGCAAAGAGUCCAGCAACGAGGACGAGGAGGGGAGCAGCUCGGAGGCGGAUGAGAUGGCGGCGGCCUUGGAGGCAGAACUGAACGACUUUAUGUGAGAGCCCAGGGCCCCUUCGGGAUUCUCCCCCCGUCCCCCACAGGCCUCACACCGGGCCUGGGGCCUCCACACCAGCCCUCGUCCGCCGGUUCCGGGGGUCUCUUCCAGAGCUGGGACACGGGGGAGCUGCCGAUGUUUUAUCCAGGCGCAAAUAGAUCUUUUUGAGGUGUUUUACUGCGGGAAAAAGCCCUCUUUUUAACAUCCAAAGCAUCCCGGGAGCCCGGCGUGGCUGACCGAGGACGUUCGAGGAGCCAGGCGGGCCCCGGACGGGCGGGUCUCGGGCCUGCGGUGGCCCGUUGGCCAGUUUUGGGAAAAGGGGAAGUGGGGCUGCCCUGACAACCACGCGAAUGUGAGAAUCCCACGGUCCCAUUGGAGCUUUCCCGCAGCUCAAGCUGCCGGAGCGCGUGGAUUUGUACAACCUAGAAGAGUUUAUAUUUGUAUAGAAACCGAGAGCCCGGGGGGCAGGGUCGAUCGGCGUCGCCCGUCACCCCGGGGUCACUCGCUUCUUCCCCGAGAGGGCACGGCGGUCGGAUUGCCCAGCAUCCAGUCCCUUCGGGGUCUAGUUGGGUUCCUUAGCAGGUUAUUGUUUAGAUUGCGAACCGGCCUUCUGCCGGACCGGAAACUUGAGGCCGGGGUCCUGGGCGGGUCGGGGCCACGCCGGGGAGCCAGAUGACCCCUGGGUCGUCUGCCAAAAAAACCGAGCGCCAGCUUGUCCGCAACUGGAUGUCAUUUCUUUGGCUGAGAACGGAUGUAAAGUUUUGUAUAUUCUAUUUCCUACUGGACCCACCGAACAGAGAUUUCUUUGAUUUAAUAAAGAUCCGUUUUGUAAA